CCGGAAUUGCUUGCUCGGUUGUUUCUCGGUUGUCCUCUUUUGGCUCUAUGUGUCGAUCCGGACACGUUUUCCGUGCUGGAUGUGAGCAAAUUGUGCGACGGGUCCGAUUCGCUCCCACGGGUACGCGGUAUUACUCGGUUGUUUGGUGCUCUAACUGUAGCUCUUCCACCUCCGGCUGUUCGUUCUCCGCGACCUCCCUACCUCAAUCCCGCUCUGCUUUGGCGUACUGUGGCGGCGAUCAGUAACGCGACCUGGAUCCCAUCGGUUUCGGCUGAAGUCAUCCACGGUCUCUUGGACACCGGCGCUUCAGUGCUUUUCGCUAUCUACGGUAACCAGACCGCACGCUUGCUGUCCACGAUAACAUCAAUCAUAAAAUCAUCGCCAGAACUGUCACAGUUGAUCCCGGAAAUUUCCCUACUGUCGACAAUUGAAUCAGCUCAAAAACUCCGCUCUUCCGGAUUAGCCAAAGCGCGACUGGACGCUUCUUUCUGGUCCGCAAUUCAAUGA